UUUAAUUUUUAUUUUUCUGAGCUAGCACAUCAACGUAAUCAUGCACUUAUUCCACCAGAGAAACGUACAAGAACACAGUGGUCCAUCUCCCGACUUUACUUCACCUUUUAAACCCUUCAAUUUCGUCAACAAUAUCAUCAAGUCCCAUUCCUCAAACAUUGCUUAACCUAUUAGAGUUUCCUUCCUCCAACAAACCAUCUUUAUAAGACUCCAAAAUGGAGGGUAAGAGAUCACAAGGACAAGGUUACAUGAAAAAGAAGUCUUACCUUGUGGAAGAAGAUAUGGAGACUGAUACGGAUGAAGAAGAGGAAGUAGGUAGGGAUAGAGUUAGAGGGUCUAGAGGUAGCAUCAAUCGUGGUGGCUCGUUGCGGCUUUGCCAAGUAGAUAGAUGCACAGCUGAUAUGAAAGAGGCAAAACUGUAUCACCGGAGACACAAAGUGUGUGAAGUUCAUGCAAAGGCAUCUUCUGUCUUUCUCUCAGGACUUAACCAACGCUUUUGUCAACAAUGCAGUAGGUUUCAUGACCUCCAAGAGUUUGAUGAAGCUAAGAGAAGUUGCAGGAGGCGCUUAGCUGGACACAAUGAGCGAAGAAGGAAGAGCUCUGGUGAGAGUACUUAUGGAGAAGGAUCAGGUCGGAGAGGAAUCAAUGGUCAGGUGGUGAUGCAGAAUCAAGAAAGAUCAAGGGUAGAGAUGACACUUCCUAUGCCAAACUCAUCAUUCAAGCGACCACAGAUUAGAUAGAGAAGCUGUCUGCUCUCUCUCUUCUGUCAUCUAAACUUCUCUCUUAGAAUCCUAAAAUUGUGGUAUCUAACAAUGUUAUAGAGAAAUAAAUAACUACCACUCUCUCUAGUACUCUCUAAUGUUAUCAGCUAUAUGCAAACGCUAAGACUAUACUUGAACCUUGAGUGUUAUCUUGUAUGUUUCAAAGAUAUGGCUAAUGAUAUGUGUAAUACUUCUACCUAGUCGAUGUGUGAAUGCUAACUGGUAAACGUUUUGAAUACAGAUACGAGUAAGGAGUGUGACUUAUCCAAAAGCACAGGGAAACUACUAACCAAAAGCCACGGUCACUCUGAAGUUUCAGAGCCACGAAGGAGAUAUAUCAUCCUAGCUUUUCCUUGCCAACAUAGUAGUAGAAUAGAAUAUUUGAAUAAACACCUACCAUUAUUAGUAAAUCGUUGAGAGUAGAUUAUAGUGGAAGCAAACCUUUCAGGGUCCAUCACUUGCUAUGAUGAGAGACUCCUUAGACGUCAUCAAUAAUUAUCUUAUUCCCUUGGCAUGCAUGACCAGUUUGCAACAUUACCUGAUUUUGAAUCAGAAAUACAUAUGACUAUACUAAAGUUAGAGAUAACAGGAUUAAUUAUUAAAC